GCUAUAUAAAAUUGGUUUGUAUUCCAUUUUCAUUUUUCUCUCUCCUCCCCAAAAUUUCAGCUUUUUUUUCCUUUUUUUUUUAAUAAAAAUUAUUUCAUUUUUUAAUUUUCCGGAGGCUUCAGCUUUUCUCCUAGCUCGCCGUUUUCAAAGAGUAUAAGGCUGUCAAGGAAAACAAACAAAUCACUGUACGACCGAGCGACUUGGGUAAUAUAGAGCUUUUGGAUUGGGUAGUUUUUGUUAUAGUGUUGGGAAUUGAUAAUAUAAUCUGUUCUAAUAUUGUAUUUGCGAGGUUUACUGUGAGGGCUCUAUUAUGGGUUUCUGUAUGUAGCUCUACUUGAGGAAAUUGGGUAUAGUUUUUGGUGAAAAGAGGGGAAAUCAGGCCUGGCUUUGGAGAGCUAUUUGGAUUCCAGCCAUCAAGGGUCGGUGCCGCUCAUGGCACCUUCUCGGGUGGCUGGAGGACUGUCUCAAUCUUCAGCAAGUUCUGGUAUUUUUUUCCAAGGAGAUUCACAGUCUCAGAAUGUAAUUAACUCUCACUUGAGUUCGUCUUUUGGGAACACUGCCAAUUCAAUUUCUGGAACAGGGCGCUCGAACCUAGGCCCACUUUCUGGCGACGUGAAUCAGACGGUUUUGAACAGUGUGGCUAAUUCAGGGCCAAGUGUUGGAGCUAGUUCUUUGGUCACUGAUGCGAACUCAGCCUUCUCAGGAGGUCCCCAUUUGCAAAGAAGUGCCAGUAUCAACACAGAAUCCUACUUACGAUUGCCUGCUUCACCAAUGUCAUUUACUUCCAAUAAUAUUAGUGUUUCUGGCUCUUCUGUAAUAGAUGGGCCAACAACAGGGCAACAGGGUUCUCAUCACGACCCUAAUUCUCGACAAGCUAUGCAGAAUCAACAUCAGUUUCCACAAGGGGCUUCUGGUGCUUCAUCGUUGCUUCAACAUCAGUUUCCACAAGGGGCUUCUGGUGCUUCAUCGUUGCCAACUUCUCAAACAGGCCAACUCGCACAUUCUUUGGGGUCAAGGCUUCAUAAUUCAUUCAUCCAAGAUCCUGCUAAUGUAUCCCACCUGCAGAAAAAACCGCGGUUGGAUAUCAAGCAAGAAGAUUAUUUGCAACAGCAAGUCUUGCAACAGUUUCUGCAGAGACCGGAUCCAAUGCAGUUGCAAAGCCAUAACCCACAGUUGCAAGCUAUCCUUCAGCAGCAGAGGCUACGACAGCAGCAACAAUUUUUGCAAGCUAUGCCACCAAUGCAGCGUGUUCAGUUACAGCAACAGCAACAGAUGAGACAGCAACUUCAACAAAAUGUGCAACAACAAAUGGUUUCUAUGAAGAAUCCACAAGACACUGGAGGCGUAUGUGCCCGUCGUCUGAUGCAAUACCUUUAUCAUCAGCGGCAACGACCACAAGAAAAUACGAUUGCUUAUUGGAGAAAAUUUGUGGCAGAAUACUACGCUCCCCGUGCUAAGAAACGGUGGUGCUUGUCUCUGUAUGAAAAUGUUGGACAACAUGCAUUAGGGGUUUUCCCACAAGCUGCUAUGGAUGCUUGGCACUGUGACAUAUGUGGCUCCAAGUCUGGAAGGGGGUUUGAAGCAACAUAUGAAGUACUCCCACGGCUCAAUGAAAUUAAAUUUGGCAGUGGCGUGAUAGACGAGCUUUUGUUUGUUGAUGUGCCCCGUGAACGUAGGUUUGGUAAUGGAAUAAUGAUGUUGGAAUAUGGGAAAGCUGUUCAGGAGAGUGUGUAUGAGCAAAUUCGUGUUGUUCGUGAGGGUCAACUAAGAAUCAUAUUCACCCAGGAAUUAAAGAUCUUAUCAUGGGACUUCUGUGCCCGUCGCCACGAGGAGCUACUUCUUAGGAGGCUUUUUGCCCCUCAGGUGAAUCAGCUGCUUCAGGUUGCGCAAAAAUGUCAAAGCACACUCGCUGACAGUGGAUCUGAAGGAGUUUCUUCACAAGAUUUACAAACGAACAGUAAUAUGGUUGUAACAGCUGGUCGUCAACUUGCUAAGAGUUUGGAGUUGCACUCACUCAAUGACCUGGGAUUCUCAAAAAGAUAUGUUAGGUGUUUGCAGAUUGCCGAGGUUGUCAAUAGCAUGAAAGACCUUGUAGAUUUUUGCCGGGACAAUAAAGUCGGUCCUAUAGAGGGUUUGAAAAGUUAUCCCCGACAUGGCUCUGCAUCGAAGCUGCAGAUGCAGAGGAUUCAGGAAAUGGAGCAGCUAGCUGGUCUUCAAGGUCUGCCCACUGAUAGAAACACUAUCAAUAAACUAAUGGCAAUGCAGCAGUCUGGGAUGAAUAGCCCUAACAUGGGCAACAACCCUAAUAUGCUUGCCAGUAACCGAGGCACAUUAAGUGGGCAGGCAGCUGCUGCCUUAGCACUGACCAACUACCAGAAUAUAAUGAUGAGACAGAACUCCAUCAACUCAAAUCCUAACUCACUUCAGCAGGAAGCAUCUUCUUCUCAUAAUAACCAAAGUCCAUCUUCCUCUUUUCAAGGGGCUUCUAGUGUCCUUCCAGGGUCAAUGCAGACUUCGCCAGUAGGUGGAUUUUCAAAUCCGCAAUUGGGUGCCCAGCAACAGCAGCGCACUGUGAGUGGUAAUGGCUUAUCUCAACAGAAUCAGCAGCCGUCACCUGGCAAUCAGGCUUUGCAGCAGCAUAUGCUUCAGCAGUUACUGCAGGAUAUGUCUGGAAAUAAUGCAGCAGGACAACAAAAAAACAUUGGUGGGCAAACUAUGAAUGCAAGUGCUGCUGCAAAUGGGUUAGGAUAUGGAGGCAAUGGUACACCAUCGACUCCAGCUGCGUCGAGUAAUGUGCCUGGAGGUGGGGGGCCUACUCUAAGUAAGAACAACAGUUUUAAAGCUGCUAACAGUGAUUCAUCAGCAGUUGGAGGUGGUUCCAAUGGUGGAUUUAAUCAGAAAGCGUCAGAAAUGCCGCAAAAUCUGCAUUUGACAGAUGACAUGGUUCCAGAUUUGCCUCAUGAUUUUGCAGAUAAUGGAUUUUUUGGCAGUGACCUUGACGAUAAUAUGGGCUAUGGAUGGAAGGCAUGAGAUUGUUGAUGGAGAGGACAGACGACUAACUGGUCAAUUCUCUUUUAGCAUCCUUAUCAUAGGUGCUCAGGAAACAUUGUACAGGAUAUUGAGAUAGUUCUCAAAUUCACUCCUCUUUUUUUGGGGUUUUAAGUUCAUGAGUUCUUUGAAAAAAAAUAUCUAGCUUCUCAGUAGGUUUACAGCCAUCAUUGUCUUUUUUUUUUUUUCCCUUCUGAUUUGAGUCUUGGAAGUGUAAUUUAUCAGACAAAACCUAAUGCUUAAGUAACGUGGUAGCUACACAGUUUAGUUGGCUUUCUGAAAGCUUUGUGCA